CUCUCACUGCACGCACAUCCACUGCAUGAAUUCAUCCUAGAUUAUUCCUGCAACCUGCUUGCUUCUCCUAUUCAUUCCUCUUCCUCUUUCUAUUAUCAGAGGACACACAUGCAAUUCAUCUGACAGAGCUUUUUUUUUUUUUUUUUUUUUUUUUUUUGGCAAAGCAGUGGACAGGGAGGAAGGACACAUUCCAAGGUCUAAAGAUGGCACCAAAACGAGAACCGUCAAUUAAAAAGUCUCCAUCAGGGGGAACGUUACCAAGGCACGGACCACCAUUUCCUUGCCCUUCCACAACACCUUCACCCCCAAAAUCAGCUCCUGAGUUGAAACCGCGGAUGCUGCGCCCCUCUGAUUCCCCCUUUGACCCAAGCACAUUAGAGAUUGAGUUUAACUUGGAGCAAAUACACGAAUUUAAAGAAGCCUUCCUCCUGUUUGACCGGACGGGAGAUGGGAAGAUCACCUACAGUCAGUGUGGGGAUGUGAUGCGCGCGCUGGGCCAAAAUCCCGUCAAUGCAGAGGUGCUCAAAGUCCUGGGCAACCCAAAGGCAGAAGAAAUGAACCAUAAAUUGCUGGACUUCGAACAGUUCCUGCCCAUGCUCCAGGCCAUUGCUAAGAACAAAGACCAGGGCACGUUUGAGGACUUUGUGGAGGGGCUUAGAGUAUUUGACAAGGAAGGCAACGGCACAGUCAUGGGUGCUGAGCUCCGCCAUGUUCUCACCACACUGGGAGAGAAGAUGACCGAAGAAGAGGUAGAAACGCUUCUAGCUGGACACGAAGAUGCUAACGGUUGCAUCAAUUAUGAAGCCUUCGUUCGUCACAUCAUGUCUGGCUGAGAGAUGUCUCGGAACUCGUCCGCAUGGUCAUGAGCGGUUGAAGAUAAAGACCACAACUCAUUUGUUUGUCUUUUCUAUGUAAUAUUUUCUUUAUGUAUUUUUUUCUUCCUAUUCAUUCCGUCACCUUCAUUUGCUUAAUGGCUCCAGUCCUUGGCUUGUGUUUGCACUCAUUUGGGUAUUAUUAUUAUUAGAAGUGCCUUUAUCUUCUUUAAGUUCCCAUUUGACUCCCCAAGUGGUCCACCUCCUGUCCUGUGGUAUUCAAAUCAUUUAGCGAUAUGAAAAAGAUCUCUUGUGUGCUGCCUGGUCUGCAAUAAAACCUCUCAAUACAGCACAUUAGCAGUGUGUAUGCAAUAUCCAGUGUAUCCUCAGGCAUCUCUGCUGGACUGUGCUGUAGUAGAAAUGUCGUGUCUGGCCAGACUUUUAUUUUUGGCCUUUUCAGAAUAAGUUACCUUUUUCAAAUUGAGAAAUUAUGGAUCGGAAAUGCAAUAACAUUUUAAUUAAUUUGGAAUGUCCUCUCUGUCCAAUAAAGUACAUUUUAAACAGAAA